CUACUGGACUCCAGCGCCAUGCGUUCGAGAGUGCAGCUGAGUAAGAAGCGCAACAGGAGAGCCCCUCCCUCUAGAGUCGCCCGCCACAGCGCACUGCUGUCUGUCCUGCCAGAGAACCAGUACAAAGACUCCACAGGUGCCCCCUCUUCCUCCUCCUCUUCCUCCUCGUCUCAUCCCCAGAGAGUGGCUCUGUUCCCAGGCAUGGACCCCUCUGCCCUCAAGGCCCAGCUGAAGAAGAGAAGUGACUCUGAUAGCCCACCAGAGGGCACUGUUGCUCCCUCUCCAUCUCAGCUCUCUCGCUCCCCAAAGUCACCCUUCCUGCCGCGUGCCUCUCGAGUGCUGCCCCCACCCACUGCAGGCCAAGAGAACGGGUAA